AAUCAUACUUAUAGGUUCGCUUUCAGAUGAUGGUAAUAUAUAGACUGAGAAAAUAUGAACUUUUUUUUUUUUACAGGAGCUCAUCAAAAUAUGAAGAUAUCAUCAAAACAAGUGUUUGGAUCCCUUCAGGAUAUCCUGUUGUCUACCAGCUGACAACAAAGAUGGAGACCAUUGGAAAUGAAAGAAGAGUUACCUUUGGUAAAAAAAAUGUGAACAAGAUAAAUAAAACCAUCUUACUGGUGGGAGAAACAGGAGCAGGAAAAUCUACUCUGAUCAACGCUCUGCUCAACUACACCAUGGGAGUGAAGUGGGAGGAUGGAGUCUGGUUUCAGAUUGUAGAGGAGAAGAAGGACAAAAAACAGACAGAAAGUCAGACAUCAGAUGUGAUGGUGUACGAGAUCUUUGGUUUUGAAGAUGAAACUCUGCCCUACUCCCUGACCAUCAUCGAUACUCCUGGAUUUGGAAACACCAGAGAAAUUAAAUAUGAUGACAUCAUCUUUCAAAGAUUAUUUGACUUGUUUCGAUCAGAGGAUGGAGUCCAUGAAGUUCAUGCAGUGGGUCUGGUGAUGAAGGCGACAGAUAAUCGGAUGAGUGAUCAACUAAUAUAUGUGUUUGAUUCAGUGAUGUCUCUGUUUGGAAAAGAUCUGGAGGAAAAGAUUGUAGCUCUGAUCACACACUCAAAUGGCAGAAGACCAAGAAGUGCCCUCCAAGCUCUUGAAGCUGCAAACAUUAAAUGUGCCAAAAAUGAGGAGAAUCAGCCUGUUUACUUCCUGUUUGAUAACUGCCAGCAGGAAGACCGAAAAGAGGAAGAAAAAUUCUUAAAAGGUGCUCAUCAAAGAUCAGAUACAGGAAUCAGAGAGUUCAAAGCCUUUCUGGACAAAACUUCAGCUCAAAAAGUGAUUAUAACUUCAGAUGUUCUGAAUGAACGAAUCAGACUAACAGAAUGCAUCAAAAACCUGAAAGAGACAAUCAAACUGAUAGAACAGAAACAGACAGAAAUUAAACAGACUGAAGAAGAUCUGAAGACACAUGAAGAAGAGAUGAAGGCGAAUAAAGAGUUUACUGUAGAAGUUGAUGAGGAGUACAAAGAUAAAGAACAUUCUUGGAAUUUUUUAAAUAUUUUUAACUCUGAAAAAUAUAUCUGCUGUACUGUCUGUGAGAAUAACUGUUUACAAAGCAACAAAAAACUUGAAGACUGUGAGGUCAUAGAAGAUGGCUGCUGUACUGUUUGUACCAACAAGUGUCCUGUAUCAAAACAUGUGAAAGAAAACUGGAGAUAUGUGACCAAGAAAAGGAGAGUUCAGAAGACUAAUGAAGAAAUGAAAGAGCGGUAUGAGGAGAACAAAAUAAAGUUUGACAAUAAGUUCAAACAUUUGGAAAAUCUUAAAACAGAAAUGAACCAGCUGACAGCAGAGAAGUCACGGUUCCUGGAUGAGUCCUACCAACAUGUUGUCAAACUGGAGGAAAUCGCUCUGAAAGCUGAUUCAGCGUCCACUAUUGUCCACUUGGACUUCCUGAUUGAGAAGAUGAAGCAGAAAGGAGACACAGAGAAGGUCCAGAAACUGGAGGAGAUG